AUGGAUUUAUCAAGAACUGUUAAGCCGUUAUCUGGAGAAGCAGAUUUUCCAAUGUGGAAACGGAAAGUAAGAGAUAUAUUAGAUUAUCACGAAGGAGCAUUAGAGGUAAUUGAUGGGAAAGGAAGCAUUCUAGUCAAAGCUUCAGUUGGAAGAAAUACAGAAGUAAUUGAGUUGAAAGAUGUCUGGUAUGUUCCUGGAAUUAGCAGAAAUUUGUUUUCAGUGUUAGCCGCUCAGGAUAGAAAUCAGAAUAGUGAGUUUACUUCUACUCCUACUGAAUGCUGGUUGAAGAUCAACAAUGAAGUGAAGCUGUAUGGCACUCGAAUCUUACAGGAAAAUUCAGAUUCAAUAAAUCAUCCACCAGAUCAAGAAACAGGUGAAGAGGAGGAAGAAGAAUUAAGAGAGGAAAGUAUUAACAUGUCCGAUACCGAAGCUGAAAGUACAGAUAAAGAGGAUGAACUUAAGUCUUCACAUGGUAUGAAUCUAAGAGAUCGUUCUCAGAUAAAGAAACCAAAGCGAUUUGAAGAAUACAUCAUGGAAAUUGAAUCCUUCGUCUAUGAUGAAAAAUAUCCAGAAACAUAUCGAGAGGCUAUAGAAAGUUCUGAAGUGAACAACUGGAAAAAGGCCAUGGACAGUGAAAUGACUUCUCUGAAAGAUAAUCAGACAUGGAAGUUAUGUAAACUACCUAAAGGAGUCAAGCCGAUACCAUGCAAGUGGGUUUACAAAAUAAAAAGAAAUCCAGAUGGUCGUAUUGAUGGUACAAAGCAAGUUGCGUCAACAAGUAAAAAACACUUAGAAAAUUUUCUUGGAGAUCUGAAGAAAGAAUUUAAAAUUACAACAAAACCUGCUGAAUACUACUUAGGGUUUGAGAUUCAUCGUCAGGAAGAUGAUUCUAUAAAGUUAUCUCAAACAGCCUACACGAAGAAAGUUCUUGAAAGAUUCGGCAUGAGUGAUUGUAAUCCUGUGUCUACACCCAUUAUCAAAGACAGUAUUCAAUCAGGGAAAGUAUAG